CGUACCGCCUCGCUUUCGCACUCGGCUGGGAGACGACAUGCGAGGAGAUCAUGCUGACACAUAUUUUCAGCUACCGAUAUUCUGCUUAACUAUGAAGUGAAACUAGGAAAUUUUGGUACUAAAAGGAAAGGCGCAUCUCCAGCUUCAGGUUUAUGUGAAAUACUGUGAGGUAAUCGACAACAUAUCCGAGAAAACUGCGCAGCAAGUGUGCGAGAAAAUGAGAACAAAAGUUCACCGAGCAACAAUUUAUCCUUUCAUCUGACACCGGCAGCUAUUUGGCAUUUCUUAUACAAAUACCUACGAAUAUUUCUUACAUUGUGAUCCCGAUCGAUUGCCUUCAGUAGCCUCUCCUUAAUUUCACUGGCAACGUACUGCAUGGGGUCGUGAGACGGCCUAAAAGUGGCAGACUUCGUCCAGCCAAUUCGCUGUACAUCCACCAGGAUGGCGGACAUGUAGGCAUUGGGUAGCGGAUUCCCAAUGCCUUUUGGGAUACAUGUUACCGAUUGUUGACGAUAGGAGUGACGCUGCUGUUGUUCGGAUAUUGUCGGAAAUCGUUUUAACCAAUUGAAAAACAGCGUUAUAUUUUGUGCGUUCCGAAAGUAAGAUGGCAAAAAGCGUUGCAUAUUUUUACGAUCCCGACGUUGGAAACUUCCAUUAUGGGCCCGGACAUCCUAUGAAGCCUCACAGAUUAGCCUUGACACACAGUCUGGUUUUGAAUUAUGGUCUUUAUAAGAAAAUGAAGGUGUACCGGCCGUACAGGGCUACGAUGCACGACAUGUGCCGGUUUCACUCUGAUGAGUAUAUAGACUUCCUCAUGCGUGUCACUCCACAGAACGUUCAGAACUUUACGAAAUGUUUGAGCGUGUUCAACGUGGGUGACGACUGUCCGGUGUUUGAGGGUCUGUAUGAUUUCUGCUCGAUGUACACAGGAGCUUCCCUGGAGAGUGCCGUCCGUCUCAAUAAUAACAACUGUGAUAUUGCCAUAAACUGGUCUGGUGGAUUACAUCAUGCUAAAAAGUUUGAGGCGUCAGGGUUUUGUUAUGUCAAUGAUAUUGUCAUCGGAAUAUUAGAACUUCUAAAGUACCAUCCGCGUGUGCUCUAUUUAGACAUUGACAUUCACCAUGGCGACGGUGUUCAGGAGGCAUUCUAUCUCACAGAUCGCGUCAUGACGGUCUCCUUCCACAAAUACGGAAACUACUUCUUCCCCGGAACAGGCGACAUGUUUGAGAUCGGAGCAGAUAGUGGCAGAUAUUACUCACUGAACGUCCCGCUGAAAGAAGGGAUGGACGAUGCCAGUUACAAUCAGAUCUUUAGCGAUCGUCCAGGAUGUGAUGGACGUACCGCACCGGUCGGUGAUCGUCUCGGUGUUCGGAGCCUCACCAUACGCGCGCACGGGGACUGUGUGAAGUAUGUGAAGGGCUUCAAUGUUCCCAUCAUGGUGCUCGGCGGCGGCGGAUACACGGUGCGUAACGUCGCGCGAUGCUGGACAUACGAAACAUCACUGCUGGUAGACGAAGACGUCAGCCUUGAGCUACCUUACUCAGAGUAUCUGGAAUAUUUUGCGCCCGAUUUCUCGUUGCAUCCGGACAUUCCAGUUCGCAUAGAAAAUGCUAACACACGACAGUACUUGGACUACGUGAAGGUUUCUGUGCUGGAGAAUCUGAAGAUGAUUGAGCACGCGCCGAGCGUACAGAUGCAGGACGUGCCGCACGACGUGCUCGACCUCGAGAACACAGAGGAACCCGACCCUGAAGUCUCCAACCACCAGAACGACAUCGACGCCAGAGUGGAUGCUCCCAAUGAGUUUUAUGAUGGCGAUAAGGAUCAAGACCGGGAGGAUGGAUUCCUGGAUGUAUGAUCCCAGCAGCCGACGUGUGCGGACACUCACGUUCAUUAAGACUCUAGUGUGGGUAGGCGUGAGUCGCACGGUCGUGUCAACUGAAAGCCUACCAAGUAAAGCAAUAGAGUUUAGUCGCUUUGUAAAUAUGUCUUCAACCAUUUGGAUGUGCUCGGUGGUUUCUGGAUAUCAGCGUACCAAACUUUCUUAGCAACGAUCUCAUCUAAAAAAGAGAGCAGUGCAUAGGUUGGUUUCUACAGAUUUAUAAAAUGCAAAUGGGAAAUUUAUUUAUCACACUUGAAGCUGAACGUUUACGGGUGCUUGUUGUGACCUUUUCACUUGAUAGCUUGGCCGGUCGGCGUAUCAGCAUCGAUGAUGCGUUACACUCUCAUGAAAAUUGCAGCGUAUGUGUCAUCCUGGAAAUACGCCGGUUAGUUUACUCUCAGUCUACUUCGUCUUUUAUCCACAUGCGCUAUUUUCACUUCUUAGUAGCGUACUGGUGACCUAUAACUUGAUAAUUUGCAUUUAUUGUGAAUAAUAUUAUUUUUGUACAUAGUAUACAGUGAUAGAUAUAUUGGUAUAUAAGUGACAUUGAAGAUUAAUGUUACAUAUAUCAUAUUAUGUGUAAUAUAGAAUAUUACGUGAAAAUGUUAUUUCAUCUGUGCCUGUAUUGAAUGUUGCCCAUAAAACCUAUGUGAAUACUAACAGAAAUACAAAUAAUAAUACUAUCAUUCUCCCGCCUCCGUGUGUGUAUAUAUAUAAUGAUUUAAAGCAAAUUCUUUUUUUCUAUAAAUAUUGAUGUACAGCCAAGUCAUUUUAUUCAAUACAAUUAUAUAACAUUUCUUUAUAUAAUACGGCCUAUCCGACAUUUCCAUGUUUUGAUAUGAUUAUUGUAUAUGUAUUCCAUGGUUAAAAAUAAAAACAAUUGUAAUGCGUGAUGCAAUA